AUGCACUGCGGGCGUGGGCGGCGGCUGCGCACGCGCUUCUACCUCAACCCGGACACUAACGUGCAGGGAGAGCUCACGCGCCGCCUGCUCAACAGCUGGAACCGCCGGUUCGCUGAGCUACAGCAGAUCCAAAUACCGCCAGAGAACAACACAGGUGUGGACCCAGAAGUAGAGCGGCAGGUUCAGGAUCAGAUGGAGAAAUGCCAGUUCACGCUGUCCCAGCAGGAGGCGCUGUGCGACGGAGAAGAUACCAGUUGUUUUGCCAACGCCACAGAAGAAAUCUGUAAGCUACCAUUACUUGUGGGUCACUGCCGGAGCUACGAAGAACGCUGGUUUUAUGAUUCAUCAACCGGCGUUUGCGAGCCUUUUGGGUACACGGGUUGUGGAGGGAACGCCAACAACUUCCGCUCCAGGAAAGUCUGUCUCAGCACUUGUGUGCGCGAUAACCAAACCACUACGACCACGACUUCCACUACAACUACGACUGCUCCUCUGACUACAGUAUCGUCUACGACGUCUGACGUGAUCAUAAAGAAGUUGAAACCGACUACAUCAGCGUCAUCUGAAGAUAACGAAGUUUUGCAAAAUGAUGGCCCAUAUUAUUACGAUGACUUUGAUGUGAAGUGCAGAAUAGGCCCGUGGUUGGGUUGGAGUCACUGCUUUGGGGAGUGCGGCUACGGUGUUAAACUCAACUAUCGAUUGAUUAAGUUCGGCGCUCCAAAAACGGGAAAGCAGUGCAAGAAGUUGAUGAAGAGUCGCGUGUGCAAGCCGGGCCACUGCCGCAAGCUGGUGGCCACGCCAGCGCCUAUCGCUCCGGGGCAAGACAUCGUCGAAGAGCUCACGUAUGAGAUACUAAGCUAAAUAGAUAGUAGAUACCCUCUAACUAAAACAUACGAUACGAAUUGACCUUCUUUUUUGAAGUCGGACAGAAACGCAAAUAUUUACGCGCUUUUGCGUUACACGCGUGGAGUCAUUGAGAUGGUUCGUUUCAAAGAAGAGUUGGCGAAAUUAAGCCAAGCAGUCGGUGGAUUAAAGGAUUUUUGAAGUACUACAUUAUUGAAUGUCAUAGACAAGGAUUUUUGAAACUAUUGAAUGUUAUAGAAAUAGAGAUUUACAUGUUGAAUUAAUAAUACAAAUAAGAAGUAGUUUUUGUCUGUCUGUAAGGGAUCUAAAAUCUACAUAAGUGAGUCUGGAUCUGGAUAUAUGCAGCAAACAAUCCAACAACAUAUGUGGUGAUUUGAGACUCAAUUUGCUGUUGGCUAAUGCCUGCGCCAUCGAUUCUAUGCGGAGAAGAAGAAUACGGAGAA